AUGGCGUGUUUGGAACCGCCGAUUCUUCGGAGUGUAUCGGUUCGCUGUGUUGGAGACAGUUUCCAAGCAGCAGCAGGAGCCGCAUCCAGAUGGAGGGCACGAUGGCAUCCGUUCUUAGCUCCUCGAAGCGACUGCGCAAGUUUCUUUCAAAGAGAGGGGCUUCUCGAGCGGCUGCUCCCUCUCGCAGCAGCAGCGGCAGCACCACUUAAACCGGAUGCUGCAGAAGAACUUAGCGCAGCUGCAGAAACAACAGCUGCUGCUGCUGCUGCAAGUGUCGUUACAGCCCGGGAAGAGAAGGCUCUUGCAGCGGCAGCUGGAUAUUCUGUUGGUCGGUUUGCGGCAUUUGCUGCUGCUGCUGCUCCUGCAAUUGAAGCUACGGAGGCUGCCUUGCACCAAAUCCUCGAGGUGACUCCGAGGGGUGCUCAGCAGCAACGGCAACAGCAAGCGGAGGGGGCAUGCAGGGAAAAGCAGCAGCAAGGCAGGAGCCUACAGCACGAGAGGCAUGCCUUGGUCGCCUUGCAGAAGCAGCAGCAGUUCCCCGAUCUUCAUCUUCACCCCGACUUGACUGCAGCUGCCCUGACUGCAGCAGCCGUAGCAGCAAAUGCCGCGGCGCACAUUCCAGUAGAUACUCUUGGAGGCUUCGCGUAUUACUGCCGUCCGUCACUUUUUGUUCAAGAGGCUGUCAUUCUCUGCCGCCGACCUGUGCCGUCAUUACAACAGCAGCAAAAACAACCGCUAUCACAGCAGCAGCAAAAACAACCGUUAUCACAGCAGCAACAGCAGCAACAGCCGCAAAAACAAGCAGAUCUGCUGCAGCAGCAAGCAGAGGUCUUGCAGCUGCCGCUAGAAUGCCAAGAAGAAGCGGUUGCGCUGCUGCUGGAGGGAGAGGAGCAGAUUCUUGACUUGGGGGUAUGGAUGCUCAAUCAGAGGAAGCACCAUCAAAGCGAUCGCCAUCGAAAUGAUCACCGGCAGCAACAAGACGCGACACUGCCAGUGCUCCGCAGCAUCAGAGUUUGGGGGCAUGCAGAGGGCUUGGUUGGCGUUUCUAUCGAUCCGAAGGGAACCGAUCGUCCGAUUCUCCUUCUGCGAACUAGCAGCAAAUCUUGUGGCUCAGAAAGCUCCUUGAGAGGUGAAUUUCCUCAUAAAAGCUCCAUCUAUAGCGCUUCCGAUGCGGCAGAUACGCCGCUGCUGCUUUCUCCUUGGGAAUGGUUCCCCGCUGCGCCUCCUCUUUUAGAUAUCGCUGCAUUCGAAUUCGACGUAGAAGCACCGGCAGGAGUCUGCGAUGGAGCAGGAGUAUCAAGAGGAGCAGCAACAGGACCAACGGGAGCAGAGAUCGCAUCCGAACGACUCGACACGUCAGCUUCAGCAGCAGAGCUUAUUUCCUCGACUGCUUCUACUUGGCAUUCGACUGCGGCUCUGCAGCCGUUCCUGCUGUAUGCGGCGGGGGUGGAUGCACAGACCCUUGCUGCAGACAAAGUGUUGCGCUUUGUUUUCGAGCCGUCUCUCGAGACUGCGCCGGCAUGCGAGACACGAACAGCUACAGCGAUUCCAGGAGAGCCACAAGGAGCUUCCUCGCCGACCCUGGUGAUGGGUGUGCUUACAUCCACAGGGGAGACAGCCGCGCUAAUCCGCAGAGUCUACCCCUUUGUGCUGGCGAAGAGAGAGCUAGCUGCUGUCGCUGCUGCUUCUGCUGCUUCUGCUUUGCACUACGACGUGCGGCUUGGCAAGGAUCGACGUUACCUCUUCUUCACCGCAACCAACCGGAGUUGUACCUACACUUGGGUGCAGCGGUGCAAGCUCGUGUAUUUCUUCUUGUGUGGACCGGAGGGUCGUUUUCGCUGCUACGCGCUGCUGCAUCGGGUGCUUGACGCGAUCCUCGAUGCAUUAGCACCAGCAGAAGCGGCUGCUGCGAGUAAGGAUGCUCGUGUGGCCAGUGCCGCAACUGCUGUUGGGAUCUCUACAAUUCGGCUGCAGGAGCCUCACGUGUGUCUCCGCUCGCCACAGUCGCAGAAUCUGACACCCCUGCGGCUGCCGCUGUUGCUGUUGCAUUCGGAGGAGGACAUGAGAGUGCGCGAUGCCGAUGUAAUGCAUCAGUGCAUCGUUGUCUAUGGGCAGCGAUCGGCUGCCCGCAGUGUUCUCCUUGUCAUAAAAACUCCCACUGCAGACGCGGUAGACGUUGCAACGGCUCGGGCAGACGUGGUGCCUUCAGCAGCACAAGCAGCAGCAGCACAAGCAGCAGCAGCACAAGCAGCAGCAGGGGCUGCCGAUGCUGCAGGCAUUGCAGCAAUCGAAGAUGCAGCAGCAGCAGCUGCUGCUGUCAUCGACGCGCCACUGCCUCUUGGAGGGACGGGUUUGCUGACUGCUGCAGCGAAUGCGGACGCGCAUGCGGACUCUGUGCGGAUGCUACUGCAGACGCCGCUGCAUCCCGCGUUGUCUGUACACCUGGAUGUCCCCUCCUGCCGCUUGUCUGUGCACCAGCAGCAACACGUUGUGUUGCUUGGACAGGAACGCCUGCAGCGCAUUCGCGAAGCGUGCGCCAAGCUUGCAGCUGCAGCACGCCCAGAAGACUCUUCUUCGCAAAGCGCAUGCACUGCCGUCCGCAGGCACAAAUGGCAUGUUGAAGGGAUGUCGGGGUGGUUGAAGGAAUCGUGCAACGCGUGGCGACAUCGCCAGAAGGCACGGCUGUGGGCCGUGCAUGCGUUUGCUUCGCGGUUCGCCGUUGAAGUGCUGUAUACGCCGUCUCGGGACGGACUGCUUCACAUCCCCCUGACACUUGUUGCUCGUAGAGAGACUGUUGCAUGCUUUCAGCAGCGGAGGGCACCCCCGUUGUCGUUACGUCUCGCCGGCAACGCCAGUACUGCCACGGGAAGCAGCCUCGCAAGCAACGAAUGCGACGGCCUUCUCGCGCUUCCUUUUACGCCUUCCCUACUGCAUCGACCUUUGCCUGCAGGUUCCGCUGCUCGACCCCUUUUGCUUCAAGUGUAUGGAGCUUACAAGGAGCCGCUGGCUGCUUCCUUUGAUGCUGGUGCUGCCCUGUUGCUGCAAAACGGCUGGAUUCUGGCAUUUGCACACGUCAGAGGCGGGGGGGAAACACCGCUCGAAGGCGAAGCCGAGGGGAGGGGGCACAGGAGAAGGCAGGCAGCUCAGGAUCUUGUAGACAUCCUCUCCUUUUUGCAAGGUUCAGGUGUGAGUCAUCCUAAGGCGACAGCCGUAAAGGCUACAUCGGCAGGGGCUGUUGCCGCUGCUGCGCUGCUCCUCGCGGGUAGAAGAUGCGCGGCACUGUCUUCCUCACAGCAGCUUUCUACCCAGCAGAAGCACCGGCCGUGGAUGGAAAGAGAAGCUAUGGUGCGUUGCCUGCUCCUAGAAAACGGAUUCAUCGACGUGUUGUCAGCGAUGGAAGAUCCUCUGCUGCCUCUCACGCAACUCGAGGCUGAGGAGUGGGGCACCCUCGAGAAUCAGAGCAGCAGCACCUCUGCAGCAGCAUGGAGAGAUGCCGCAACGGCGGGAGGCGUAGGAAAAACGACGACGAGAAGCAUCACGUGGGAAGAAGAGCAUGACACUUGCAGCGAAGCUACAGACCCUUGGCGUGUAUGGUCAGCUGUGGCGAAGGAAGAAGCUGCUGACGCGCGCUGCAGCAUUGCCGCCUAUUGUUGCUAUGAAACUUUGCAGAAACUGCACCCGCAAGUCGGCGAAACAGCGGCGCUACCAUCUCCCUUCCCGUCGGUGCUGCUGACAACAUCCCUCACAGAUUCGCGAACGCCUCCUUGGCACGCCGCUAAACUCGCAGCUCACCUCAAUCGCCUCCAGCAACAAACGCCACAGGCUCGAGGGCAGCAGCCCGCAGGCGCAGCAGACGUGCAUUUGCGGUGUCUCGUCAGCGGAUCUGGUCACUACGGGCACAUGGACGGGCAGAAACACACGAACAAAGUUGCUGAAGAUAUCUGCUUCCUACUCUCGAGAAUCCCUCACGACUGGUUUCACCACACGCGAGGCUGA